CCGCGCGCUCCUCCAAGCGCUCAUUCUCAGACAAGCACAGGCACAUGUAACAUGGCUGAGGAGAUACAUACCGGUCAUUCCCCGGAUUUGGACAACGCUCGAGAACACGGGGUGAACUUACAUAAGCGGCAAUCGCGCGUUACGGUAAAAUACAACCGCAAACAGCUUCAGAAAAGGUUGGACGUGGAGAAAUGGAUCGACGAAGGGCUGGACAAGCUGUACGAGGGCAAGGGCAUGCCAGAGGAAGUGAACAUUGAUGAUUUGUUGGAUCUCCCAAGUGAUGAAGAGCGAACACACAAACUACAGGUUCUUCUGCAAACCUGCACUAGCAGCACUGAGGCUUUUAUUGCCGAGCUGUUGCAGAAGCUGCAUGGUCUCCAUAAACAGGAAGAGUUGCAGAAUGAGGGAAUCGAGCAUCCUUGUCUCCACACAUACCCCCAUCACCAUGGCAACAUUCAUCAUCAUAGAUGCAACCAUCAACAUCCAGCACAUCAGACACUGUGAUUGCAUCCAGUUUGGAUAACUACGCUCACUGGACUGAGCCCCCUAACACAGACUCAGGACACACCACACAUAUGACGUAUCCAACUAGUUUUGCAACUCAGUAACUGUGAGGUGUUUGUUUACAAACUCAUCAGAGUGAUUUAUUAACAGUGUUCAGUUGUAAAAUUGCUCAUCACUGUUGGUAAGUAAAUCUAUGCAGUAGCAUUAAUUUGAUUUCAUUGUUUGGUUGUUGACUCUGUUAUGAUUGAUUAGUGAAACUAGCAGUAUGCAAGUUUAUAUUUAAAGCUUAAUCUGCUGAUAUUGGUUGUCUUUGGGAAUCUUAGUCCCCACAAAUUCACAAUACUAUACUAAAACAUGUUAACAAUCACAGGAAGGUACCAAAUCUGAGCAGUUAUUAUAUAUAUAUAUAUGGACAUAUUGUUAAAGUUAAUAAUGUUUAUGAGUUGGUUGAUUUUUAUGCAAAGAAUGUUUAAUAAAAGUAACAGUUAUUUUGAA